AUCCCAAAACCCAUCGAGCUGUUACAUUCCAUAAAACUCAUCUGGAUACUGUGGGAAUAGCUAUGCCACAAGAACGAGAUCCGUUUCCAUUCCCGCGAUAUGAAAACGACUAUACAUACACAGGGAAUAAGGCAAUUCAGAAAUUGCCAUAUGACAAACCAACCCAUCUCGCACAAAAUGAUGAACCCUGGAGGAGACUCCACAACACGACAACACAGGCCAGUUCUCAUCGAAAUGUCUUUCAUUAUGAUGAUACAGCACCAAACGACAGUCUGGACAUUCAUCUAAAAUCGACCUACGACCAUCAUCUAGGAUUAUUUCAAAACAAAAGUCAAACAAUGACGCAAAAGGAAACUCUUACAUUGGAUAAUGCGACACUGAAAAACAGAGAAUCAGAAGAGAAGACCGACAACAAAGGAAUAAAAGUGUGGGUCGACACCCAGAAGGCUUCUAUAUACAGUAUUAAAGGGUCCAUAGAGUCUCAUCACACCGCUUCUACAAACCGAGGUUACUCACGUAAGCACGAUGGCGGCUUUUAUUCUACGUAGCGCAACACAAAUACGAC